AUGGUUGUCGAAGUUACGGCUGCCCUCUCCGGGCUCGAUUGCAUCACGGAAGUGAGCGAAACUUGGAACGCAUUCGGCGCCGGACAGCCGUGCGUAUUAGGAAUCGAUGAAGCUGGAAGAGGUCCAGUACUCGGCCCCAUGGUCUAUGGUUGCGCAAUUUCCCCAGUAGAUAAAGAUGCUGAACUCCGGAGUCUAGGUGUCGAUGAUUCGAAAGCACUUACCGAAGCCAAACGAGAAGAGAUAUUUGACGACAUGAUCGAUAACGGUGAAACGAAGCAGGUCGUUGCAUGGGCAAUACAAUGCCUCUCCGCCCAGUACAUCAGCUCGUCGAUGUUGAAGCGCAACAAGAUCUCUUUGAACGAAAUUUCCCACAACUCUGCGAUACAAUUGAUCCGGGAUGCCUUAGCGGCCAACGUGAAUGUGGUUGAGAUUUUUGUAGACACCGUCGGGCCGAAGGCUACCUACCAAGCCAAGCUGGAACGCAUCUUCCCGGGGAUCUCGAUCACUGUGUCGGAAAAGGCUGAUUCAAAAUACCCAAUUGUAUCCGCUGCAUCGAUUGCUGCCAAGGUGACCCGUGAUCGCCGUCUCAGAGCCUGGGAGUUUCGUGAGACUGGCGUCAACGUCCCUGAAGCCGGAUUCGGCAGUGGUUACCCUGGAGACCCGAACACGAAGAAAUUUCUGGCUGGCGGUGUCGACCCGAUUUUCGGUUUCUCUUCGUUGAUCCGAUUCAGCUGGAAAACGGCCGAUUUGAUCGUGGAGAAGCGAUGCGCCAAGGCCGCGUGGGAUGAUGAAGAUGCGGCGCAGUCAUCGUUGAAGGGCUUCCUGUCAAGCAAGGGAGCGCUACCGACUAACCGUCACCAGUUUUUCCAAGACCUGACGGCGGCAUUUCUAAUCUACAUUGGAAAUUCUAUCUACCAUUUUUAUCAAAUUUUCGUGCCAGAGCUUUGCGAUUUGGCACAAGAUACGGGCAACUGCUUAGAGCCCUUUUCAAUAAAAGAUAACGUGGUGCGGUUACGAGUUUACACCUCCCUGACCUCCAGACCCAUCCCCCUGGGGACUUUGGUUUAUGAGGAACCAGCUCUGAGAAUCGAUGAAGCACUAGAAAAGAAGAUAAACAUAAGUCUUCCUGGUCCCACCCUGAAUAAUGGCACUCUCUUCGUCCAUGCUAUCCUUUUACCAUCCGACUUCGAAGGAGUAAAUGUAAAUGCGGCUCGUUGGCGCGUGAUACAGAGCGGGUUGAUUACAACGUACACUGAACCGAUCCCGAAGACAUUCAACCUGAUGGGCGGAAACGAUGAAGUGUCCGCGGCAACUAAGGCUAAGAAGGCAAUCAAGCCCAUCGCUCAUCUUCGGUCUUCUAUACCUCUGGUGGGGCUGACUGGUUCGCCGAUCUUCAAAGCCCGUGCGAUCCCACAUGAGGUCUAUAGGCUGCUAGAGACUGAUGAGGUCGAUGGGCGUCUGGUGUAUUAUCCUCUCCUCUAUUUGAACUCUCUGUCGUUCGGCUCGAAGAAUAUACUUGAGAUCACUCCGACGCAAAAAGAAUACGAAAUUACCGUUGACUAUCGCCCGGCUGGGGUCGGAAAGCUUCGACUAAUGGUCACGGCCACGAUGUCGAUGAUGCAGCUGAAAAGUAUGGGCUUCAACGAAAAGGAUUUGGACGAUGUAAGAGGCCUCUUUGUCGACACGAAUUUGUACCUGCUCGGCGUGACGUUCCUCGUUUCCGCGCUUCAUCUGCUUUUUGAUGUGCUCUCUUUCAAAAACGAUAUCUCUUUCUGGCGUCAGAAGAAGACGAUGGAGGGGCUCAGUACAAAGGCCUUGCUUUGGCGAGCUUUCUCUUAUACAGUCAUCUUCUUUUACCUUAUGGAUCAGCGGACGUCUCUCCUCGUGCUCGUCCCCUCUGGAAUCUCUUGCUUGAUCGAGUACUGGAAGUGCACGAAGGCGUUGAAGAUUUCUCUAACUUUUAUUGGUGGGCUACCGCGGAUCAGUUUUGGUGCUCAAACCGCAAAGGAAGCCGAAACCGACGCGUUUGACGCUCAGGCUAUGAAAUGGCUGGCGCUUCUAAUGUUGCCAUUGUGCGUUGGGGGAGCGAUUUAUAGCCUUGCUUACGUGCCACACAAAUCCUGGUACUCUUGGUGCAUCGAGUCGAUGGCGAAUGGGGUCUACGCGUUUGGCUUCCUGUUCAUGUUGCCACAACUAUUCGUCAACUACAAGCUGAAGAGCGUGGCUCAUCUCCCGUGGCGUGCUUUCAUGUACAAGGCCUUCAACACCUUCAUCGACGAUCUCUUUGCAUUUGUUAUCACGAUGCCAACCGCUCACCGCGUUGCCUGUUUCCGGGAUGACAUUGUUUUCGUUAUCUAUCUUUACCAGCGUUGGUUGUACCCGAUCGACUACAAGCGCGUCAACGAAUUUGGCGAUUCAGGGGAUGCUGAAGCUGAAGAGGUCCCGAGACCGAAAACACCGGAAACUCCAAAAAAGACGGCCCAAGCUAUCCACCCCGAAACUCCAAAAUCUAGACACGCGAAGAAAAUGACCACUACGGAAGGUGAUAAGGUGAUCAAAAUCAACAAAUGGGACCAAGUCACCGUCAGAAAUAGCUUGGAUGACACCGUCAAGGAGAUACUCAACAAGCGCGUCGGCUGGCAAGAAUAUUAUUCGCUGUUCGAUGGCCGCCUAUUAAUUUCAUUCAUUGCCGUCUGCUUCUCUGGAUUUGCGGCAGCCUGGCAUUACGUUGUACCGUUUGAGGAAGUGAAACCGGUGCUCAUAAUUUGUUCCACCGGCUAUUUCAUGACUGUUGGAAUCCUACAGCUCUAUCAAUGGUACGUCGAACGAGGAUGCUUCUACCAGGCAAUGGAAAAUGAUGGGAAAUUCAAGCGGGCAUGGAAGUGGAGCAGCGACAUGAAGAGCUAUGACGACAAAUACACCCUCAGCGCUUCCUACUCGCAGGACAAUCGCUCCGCACAAGGCAACGUCACCAAAUCGAUCUCGGCCUACAUCACGGAAGACGGGGAAAUCGUGAAGCCAAUCCUGAAGUUGGAGAUCGAGAAGCUGUACAAGGAUUUGGUCCGAAACGAA